AUGGUUCGCUGCUAUAAAAGAAAAACUUCAAAUGAAGGCAAAUAUUCGGCAGCUAUUUGCUGCCGAAUGCUGCAAUGUCUCAACGCUGCAAUGUCUGAUGUUUUAGCAGCUCGAACAUCAAUUUAUAAGGCAGCAAAAUUAUACAAAAUACCAUAUGUGGCCCUACAUUCCCGUGUAAAAGGUAAACGAAGAGCAGUAAAAGCAACUACAGGACGUCCAACGUCAAUUUCUACUGCUGACGAAGCUUGA